UUUCUCAGUGUUAUUGGCCACCUCUACAGUCUACACAAACCAAACGCAGAGUUCGAUAGGGCUGCAUCCGCCUCCUGCCUCCUCUCCCUUAAGAGCUUCCAAACGCUGGAUCAAAAAUGGACAUGGAUUGCGAUGAUACUUCAAAACACGAAGAGAAAAGUGGAGAGGAGAAGAGAAAUUCAAUCGUGGUGAUCUUGGUGGGUGCGCCGGGCAGUGGCAAGUCCACUUUCUGCGAGCACGUCAUGCGUUCUUCUCCUCGACCUUGGGCUCGCAUUUGCCAGGAUACUAUUAAUAAUGGCAAAGCUGGAACAAAGCCCCAAUGCCUUAAGACUGCGGCCAGCGCAUUGAAGGAAGGUAAAAGUGUAUUUAUUGACAGAUGCAAUCUGGACAGAGAACAGCGUGUAGAUUUUGUGAAUCUCGGUGGUUCACAGAUAGAAGUGCAUGCUGUGGUGCUUGAUCUUCCUGCUCAGCUUUGUAUAGCUCGUUCUGUGAAGCGCACUGGGCAUGAAGGAAAUUUACAAGGUGGAAAAGCUGCUGCUGUUGUUAAUAGAAUGCUGCAAAAGAAAGAAUUGCCUAAGCUUUCAGAAGGGUUCUUUCGAAUCAUGUUUUGCCAAAGUGAGAGUGAUGUUCAAGCAGCAAUUAAUACUUACAGUGUGCUUGGUCCUUUGGAUACCCUCCCAAAUGGUUCUUUUGGCCAGAGAAAACCAGACACCAAAGUUCAGCUUGGCAUUAUGAAGUUCUUAAAGAAAGUAGAUGUUCCUCCUAAUGCAGGUUCCACUUCAGGUAGUGUUCAGGAUUCUGCAUUCCCACAAGUCAGCAAGGAAAGGGAUACUUCCUGCAAAGGACCAGAUAAUUUGUCAUCAUUAUCAACUACUGCUUAUAAGGGGGUAAAAGAAAGUGAAGAUCUGCCUAAGCACUCCAUUGGCCCAGAUGUUAGUCCUGACAGCAUUCCCACUCUGGCGUUUCCAUCUAUUUCAACAGCAGACUUCCAGUUCAACAUUGAGAAGGCAUCUGAUGUCAUUGUUGAAAAAGUUGAAGAAUAUGUGAAAAAAGUUGGAAACGCAAGGCUGGUUCUUGUGGACUUGAGUCAUGGAUCAAAGAUUUUGUCUUUGGUCAGGGCUAAAGCUGCACAAAGGAACAUUGACAACAAAAAGUUCUUCACAUUUGUUGGAGACAUAACUCGACUAUAUUCACAAGGAGGCUUACGCUGCAAUGUAAUAGCUAAUGCUGCCAAUUGGCGACUGAAACCAGGAGGUGGAGGUGUGAAUGCUGCAAUUUUCAGUGCUGCAGGUCCAGCCCUAGAGGUUGCAACUAAGGAACAAGCAGCAUCUCUUCUUCCUGGACAUGCUGUUGUUGUUCCUCUUCCUUCAAAUUCUCCCUUGUAUAACAGGGAAGGGGUAUCCCACAUCAUACAUGUCCUUGGCCCAAAUAUGAAUCCACAAAGAUCUAAUUGCCUUAAAGAUGACUAUGUUAAAGGCUGCAAAGUUCUUCGUGAUGCUUACACAUCACUUUUUGAUGGUUUUCUAUCUGUACUGAGGAACCAAGCAAAUGUAACUAGUAAAAACCUUGUAUCAGAGAAAUCAAUGAAAGAUACCUCAUGUGGUGACCUUAAAAAUCAUUUGGAAAAUGGUGAUCAAAAAACUAAGAGAGAUGGUGAUUCUGUAUCUGAGAGAAGCAAAAAAUCCAAGGGAUCUCAUGAUGACAACAGUAAGAUUGAUGGAAGCACUUCAAAGAGCUGGACCACAUGGGCUCAAGCUCUUUACCAUAUUGCUAUGCAUCCUGAGAAGCAUAAAAACGUGUUGCUGGAAGUAUCAGAUGAUGUUGCUGUACUAAAUGAUCUCUACCCUAAGGCAAAAAAGCAUCUCCUCAUCUUGGCACGAUAUGGAGGUCUUGAUCGCCUUGCUGAUGUACAGCAAGAACACCUUCAUUUGUUAACAACAAUGCAUAGUGUGGGCUUGAGAUGGGCUGAAAAAUUCUUGCAGGAGGAUUCAUCAAUGAUCUUUCGGCUUGGUUAUCACUCAGUCCCUUCUAUGCGACAGCUUCACUUGCAUGUUAUCAGCCAGGAUUUCAAUUCAAACCAUCUGAAGAACAAGAAACACUGGAACUCUUUCAAUACUGCCUUUUUCAGAGAUUCAGUUGAUGUAAUUGAAGAAAUCAGGAAUCAUGGCAAAGCAACCCUUAAAGAUGAAAGCUAUUUAUCAAUGGAGUUGCGAUGCCACCGGUGUAGGAGUGCACACCCUAAUAUACCCCGGUUGAAAUCACAUAUCAGCAACUGUCAAUCCCCCUUUCCUCCCUCCCUACUUGAAAAUGGACGUUUAGUGCCUCGACAAGAUGAAAAUUUGAGUAAUUCCUAGGUGUCUGAUCAAAAUUUUGUUGUAGAUAACUUCGUUUUUUCUAGCAGAAAAUAUAGAGCAAUAGUUUUCUGGUUGUGUAGGUAAAUCUGUUCUUCUGUAACAUGCAUAAUUGCUUCUCAUUUUGCCCUUUUCAUCUUGGUGCUGCACCGCAAAUUGAAAUCUCUCAGCAUAAUGAUGCUUUCAGCAUUUGCUUCUA